ACCAUGACAGAGUAGUCCGGGCACCGUGAGGAGGAACCAUCGCUGUAGCUACGGAACCGAAUAUCCAACGUCCAACACGAAACUAACUUCACCUUAACAGCAACACAGAAGGUGUUAUAUGAGGGAGAGCACUUGCUUGUUUAAAGUUAUUGGGCGUAUUAAGGGUAACUAGAGACUGACAUGUUUAUUUUAAUAACAGCAAUAAACUAUUUAAAGAGUUAAGUGUAACACUAAGGAAAAACUCAUAACAUGUUUUGGUGAUGAACCACACAAUUUGAUAAAAUUCUAACGAUGCUGCGUCAUCACAAACCCGGAAGUGUCAUUCGUGCUACAAUACAAACAUAACAUGACGUUGGAAAUCUCUUGUCAUGUCUUGUUUAUGUAUUAUGUAAGUAUAUAUUAAUGGGGAUAUGAUGUAUAACUGGAACAAAGUAGUUUUUUUAACAUUAAGCUUCUUACCUGAUCACGUGUCGUCGCAAAUGCGGAAGUCAUGCUCGACGUUGAGCCAGUCUGCCGGCUUCUUCAGACCGCAUCGCAUCCAAUGUUAGCUCUCCCUUCCGAAAGAACGAGAUAUGUUGCUCUUGGUGCUGGGAGCCCUCCUGCUGCUCUUCUGCAUUGUGGAUGUGUGGUACUUCCUGCGAGGGGCCCAGGUCUUCAUCACAACCAUCUUCCAACCACGACAAAAGCAAAUCCUAGUGGAGCAAACCGUGCAUGGAAUAGUUCUUCCCCAUGAUGUAGACUACAAGGGCCACAUGAACAACUCCCGCUACCUUAGGGAGUGUGACUUUGCCCGCCUCCAACACUAUAUGCGCACGGGUCUCUUCAUGGCCUUGUUCAAAAUGGGGGCCAAAAUGGUGGUGGGGGCCUCGACCAUCCGCUACCGGCGUUCCCUGGCGUUUGGUGAGGCAUUCGAGAUCCGGACCAGAGUGGUGGGAUGGGACGACAAAGCAUUUUACUUUGAGCAGCGAUUUGUAUCCAAGAAGGAUGCGUUUGUGUCUGCGGUGUUGCUCUGCAAGCAGAGUGUGGUGAACAGCAGCCCUGAGCGUAUUAUAGAGUUUGUCUGCAAAGAGAAGAUUCAAUGUCCUCCGCUUCCAGAGGACCUGAAGCACUGGAUCAGCUUCAUUUCAGCCAACAGUCAAGCCCUGAGGGCCGAGAGUGGACUGGAGCAGAAGAACAAAUGAAUGAAACAGCACUCUGACACAUUUACAGUACGACAUAAACAUACACACAUAUAGUAAUAUAUACAAUAGUAGAGGGUUAUUACUAGUCUAAUGACACACUGUUUCUGUGUAUUUAUUUGCUGUGAAUGAAAUACUAGAUAGGCAAUAUGAAGUAAUAAAACAAAAAAUAA